CACGCGCCCGCGACGACCUGUUAAAACAAACCAAAGCCUUCUUCUUGUUUUCGUUUCUCUCUCUCCCCAGAUAAAAGAAAUCACCGGACCUUGCCUCCCCCAAAUCCACAUACCGCCGCCGAGAGCUACUCUCCCCCACGUCGGUCUUCUCCCCCUCCUUCGCUCCUCCUCCACCUCUGCUCCUCUCGUCGCCCCCGCCGUGACGCCGCUCGACCCACCCGGCCGCCGAAUGAUUCGGCGGCCUUGCUGCCCGGAGCAUUCGUGAAUCCUGCGUUCCCGGUCGGCCAUUCGCGGCGGCGCGCGCCGGCGCCGACGCAGAUGUCGCUGUUCCGGCUGCUGUUCAACCGGGGCCCGCCGGCCGGGCUCGCUGAGAUCUCCGCCAACAUUUUUGUAUUUGACCAUUGCUUCUCUGUGGAUUUCCCUGAAGAGGACGAGUUGAAACCACACAUCGGAGGCAUAUUAAAACAGCUACUUGGCCGCUACUCCAUUGACUCAUUUAUGGUAUUCAACUUUGAGGGAGGCAAGAAGAACAAUCAAACUGCCCACAUUUUCUCAGGCCAUAAUAUGAGUGCGAUGGGUUACCCACGUAGCUACGAGGGGUGCCCUUUGCUUACCUUGGAGAUGAUUCAUCACUUUCUUAGGUCUAGUGAAAGUUGGCUCUCACUAAGUCAGGACAAUUACCUGCUUAUACAUUCAGAACAAGGGGGGUGGCCGAUCCUUUCUUUCGCAUUGGCAGCCCUACUCGUUUACCUUCGAAGGUGCAAAGAUGAGAGGAAGGCACUGGAUACGGUUCACAGACAGGCGCCACCUGGGCUGGUUGAGCUCUACGCACCGCUGGACCCAUCACCUUCUCAAUUGCGAUACUUGAAAUAUGUGUCAAGACGGCACAUAUCACCCAAAUUGUGGCCUCCCGCUGACAGGAUGUUGAAUUUGGAUUGUGCAAUCAUCAGAAAGGUACCAAAUUUUGAUGGGCAAGGGGGAUGUAGGCCAAUGUUCCGGAUUUAUGGCCCAGAUCCACUGGUGCCUAAUGACAGUGGAGCUAAAGUUCUCUUUUCAACUCCAAAGACAAGUGAUUUUGUCCAGCUUUACACGCAGGAAGACAAUGAGAUAAUCAAGGUUAAUGUUCAGUGUCCUGUUCAAGGAGACAUUGUCAUGGAGUGCAUCAGCCUAGAUGAGGACUUUAAACAUGAAGUGAUGGUAUUCAGACUUAUGUUUAGCACAGCUUUUGUUGAAGACAAUCUUUUGUUAAUUGAUAGGGACCAGAUUGACAUUCUGUGGGAUACAAAACACCGGUUUCCUGUAGAUUUCAGAGUUGAGGUUAUAUUUUCGGAGAUAGACACGUCCACAUCAACUCACACUUCUGAGCCAUCAAGUGACAAGAAAGAAAGCUUUUCUCAUCUGGAUUUGUCAUUCAAAAGCACUGAUGCUGCAUCACAGAUGGGAUUAAAUGAUUGGCAUGAAGGUUUUGAUGCGAUGUCUCUGCAGGAAACAGAAAUCAGCAAUGUCACGUCUGAACAUAGCAUUCUAGAAAGCAGAUCCGCCCAGGUUGUUCAGACAGAACCAGAAAAUACCAGUUCAUCUGCACGGAAGUUUGAGGGCGACAAGGAUGUUGGUACAUUCUCCUCAACCUUGCUACAAGCUGAAUCCUUGGACCCAAACUCUCAAGAACAUGAACUCUUGGAGAAUGCAUCUGCACAGGAGAAACCAGAAGAGGAUACUAUCACCAAGAGCACAACCAACUCUGAUAGGCCUUCGGUAGAUUCACAACGUUCAGAAGCUGCUGAAUCGUCUGACACACCUUCAAGCAGCGCUCCAUCUAGCCCGCCAAAGUUUGACGAAGAUACCGACACCGUCGAACCUGUAAUGCUUGAAGCCCAAUCACAACCAACCGAUACACCUUCAAGCAGCGUUCCGUCGAGCCCGUCAAAGUUCGACGAAGAUACUGUUGAUGCUGGAACGGCUGAAGCCCAACCACAACCAACCGAUACACCUUCAAGCAGCGCUCCGUCGAGCCCAUCAAAGUUCAACGAAGAUACUUUGGAUGCUGGAACGGCAGAGGCCGAACCAGAAUCAACAGAACUGCAAUGAUGUUGAGAUAGCAACCUGCUUCUACUGUAAAUGGGGGGCAGGACAGGGUCCAUGGAGCUGCCCUAAACAUAGUCACGUGUAUACACUUCCACAAUACAGUGGAAAAAUUGCUGGUCGUCCAGACCAAAAAGCAUUGUACAGUUGGUAAACAUGCGUGAAAUUUUAGAUCAUGUCCAGAUUUUGGAGACAUGUGGGUAACUGGAGAUAGAACUUUGACCCUUUUGCCCCUUUCAUAGCUGAGUUCUGCUGUUUGGGUGCGACCUGAAAAACAUGUGGUAAAGCAGCCGACGGUGAGGUCGCCGCGCCGAACAUCUUUUUGGUUUUCGCCAUCCAUCUAUAACAUUAGUUGUCCACU